AUGCCAAACGAACCCGAAACCGCAACGCUCCUUGAAUGGAUCAACAGCUUCCCCCUGGGCACCUCCAUCCAGUCCUCAGACGAUUUAUACGACGGGGUGAUACUCUGGGAGAUCCUGCAAGACAUAGACCCCCACGAGUUCUUGGGUGUUCUUCCAGAGAGCUCGCCUGAAGACCACUGGGUGCUGAGAUGGCAGAAUCUCAAACACUUGCACAAGCUGCUGCUGAACUAUAUACGGAACCGAUAUGACGGAGAGAUACCUGCCGGUCUCUCAACAGACCCCGACCUCAAGUCGAUUGCCGAAACGGCCUCGACAAAGGAGACCAACCGGCUGUUGAAGCUGUUUCUCAUGGCCGCCAUCAGAUCCCCUGGAGCCGAGUCGUACAUAGAGCGAAUGGUACAGCUCUCAACAGCAACACAGGAAGGCUUGAAGGGCAUAAUAGAAGAAGCACAGAACCCCUCACAGGACCGUCUGGACCAGAUAAAUUAUGAGCAGGAUGAAUACAAGGCACGUCGUGACCUGGCCAUGGACCCAGAGCUGCAGUUCGAGGAACGUGUUGGCAAAUUGCUGGUCGAGAACGAUAAGCUAUCAAAUGAGAAGAAGCAGUUGGAGAAAGAUCUGGAAGAGUUUCACCGGAAGGAUGUACGCCUUCGAGAAGCAAACGAGCUGCUGCAGGAUAAACUAAACAUCACAGAAGACCGUCUAGCAAGACUAAAGUCUGGCAAAGCCGACAUUGGACCGAAUUUCAAGGGCUACGAACACCGGACGCAAGAUAUAAUAGCCGCACAAGAAACUAAACUGACGGCUGCCCAAGAUGAAAUCGACAGCUUGCGGAUAUCACUCGAGACUCUCCGUGUUAAAAAUCAAAAGUACCAGACUCUGCAGGACGAAUACGACGAGAUCAAGAUUGAGCGGGACCAGCUGGCUAGAAAAGCCAAUGCCGCUGAAAAAUACAGACAGAAGCUGCAGGCUAGUCAGGACUAUGAGAAAGAAAAUCAGAUUCUGAAGAACAAGGUCAAGGACCUCCAGCAACAUCUGAAAGAAAGCGAUACACUUCAGCGAGUUUCCGCUGCUCGAGAGACCGAGGUUGAGAACUACAGACGACUGGUUGCGCGUGUCGAGCAGGACAGACAUGAGAUUCAAGAUCUGAAGAAGAAGCUGGAAUUCGAUAAUCAUGCUCUUACGGAGAGGUUGCUAGGUGCUGAGGAACAGCGGACACGGGAUGAAGAUACUAUCGGCAGACUGCAGGAGAGGAUACGAGAGCUAGAGGGUCUCGAUAGCAGUCCAGCCUCCCCCAGACCAUCCACUCCUAAACCGCACGGCUCCAGUCUAGAGCGUGAUCUGGAAGAAAGUGGAAAGCGGGAAGCUCAGCUUAAUGCUGAGAACGAGGAGCUCAAGAAGAAGCUUGAAAAUAUCUCAAUUGUUGACAAAGCCGUUACCGAGACACCCGAUGACGAUGAAUCUGAGGCUCCAGGCGAAAGAAAAUGGAAGGAUGAUUUCUAUCAGUGUUCCCUUCAGACUGAUGCCGAGCUCAAAGACGCGCAUCAGCGGUUGCAUGUUGAUUAUACCAUCAUGCGAACAAAGAUCGUCGAACUUGAAGGUUUACUUGAAGCUACUAAGCUUGAGCUCUCCGAUGCCAACAUGAAGUUGAGCCUUGUUAACAAGGAGAAACUCGAAAUGGUGAAGGAAGUAACGGAGGUUAAUUCGGUCGAGCAGACUGCUCUACGAGAGAAAUGUGCCGUGCUGGCUGCCACUGCCCGAACUCUCACCAGCCAGCUUGAAGUUAGGCAGCUCCAGAUGAGCGAAAUAUCUCGUGAGCGAGACAACUUGAGAAACACAUUUAAGCAAUCCGACACCAAGCUUUCUACUGAAGGAGAAGCUUCCCUUGAGGAGAUGAAACAGCUCCUCGAAGAGGCUAAUGCUGUCAGGGUGAACGACACUACAGAUGACGAUAUGACCAAUGAGUUCUUAGAGCGACUUGCAGAAACAACUGAACGCAGUGCAGAACAUCUUGCCAGGAGAGCUGAGAAGAAAGAAGAAAAUCCCACAAUCGAGACAGAGGUUGACCCGAACCAGGUCAAGAGCCUCGUCGAGCUCUGGCAUUGGUCCCUCCUCUUCGCAGGUCUCAUCUAUGCCUAUGACGCUGUUAACCCUGGCGCCUCCCUAAUAUGUUACAUCGGCAUGUUCAUGAACCCCGAGUUGGGAUCUUGUGGCUAA